AUGACAAGGGAAGUUGUUGCGGGAUGGCUGCGUGACUGGGACGAGAAAUUGAAGAGGCAGAAUCGCAAGAUAUGCCUUUUCUUGGACAACUGUGCUGCCCACCACACGAUUGCUGCGCUGACGAACAUCGAACUUCGGUUCUUGCCCCCGAACUUCACGGCAGUGAUAGAGCCCCUUGAUGAUGGCGUGUUAAUGUCAUUUAAGGCUGGAUACCGGAAGCGGGUGAUAUACCGACUUGUGUUAAACAUACAGUUGAACCGCGACACGAAGGCCGAUUUGCAUAUGGCAAUAGAGGUGCUUAAUGCGGCAUGGAUGCAUGUGGCAGCCAGCACCAUCGCCAGCUGCUUUCGACGUGCAUCAUUUGCUGCCCACGAAAGCAACCCUGACACCGACGACUCAAUGGACCGAAUAGCCUUACCCAGUGGUGCCGCUGUGUCAGACGAAGCUUUAGCGUCAUGGAGGGUGCUCCACGAUGCCGGUGUCAUGUGUGAAGGUGAAACCUUCUGCGACUACGUGAGCGUGGAUGCCGACGUUCUGGCAACAGAGGAGCUGACAGACGACGACUUUGUGCUUGCUGCCCGAGAGCACGAAGGAAGCGACAAUGAAGGUGCCGCAGAGGACAACGACACUCCGCCCUAUGCUUACGACGUACCGACAUCGUCCCAGGCGCUGGACGCGGUGGACCUGCUGCGCCGCCACUUCGGCGGCCACGAAGACGGUGCAGAUGGGCUUGAGAUAGCCGCUGCUGCCGAGAAGGCCGUCCUUCGGUUAAGGAAGACACAGCAGCGAAGCAUAACCGAUUAUUUUGCGCCAUCAACAUGA